UAUUUGGAAAUAAAUCCAUAAAACGUAAACGGCAUAAUUACAAUCCGCGUUUAAUCCACAAUAUCCACCGCCCAGUCCGGUAACCGGUCACCUCUCACCGCGUUCCCGUUGCCUUAAAAGUUCACAGACUCACCAUAACCGAGUCACACUCCGAUUCAUGGACUCGUUCUUCUCCACUUCUCCAUAGAAAAUCACAAAAUCAUGAUUUCCCAUUUUGCCCCUCACCGUUUCUCUAUCACUUCCGUCACCACAAAACCUUCUCUCAUCGGCGCAAACCACACCUCUGCCAGAUUCUGCUCUCGCUAGAAUCUCAAAAACUAUUUUCUCCUUUUUUCUUUCGAUUUUAUUCAUUUUUUAUAGAACUUUUCUGAUUAUUAUUAUUUUUUUCUGUAAAAAAAGUGCACAAUUGUUUCGAUGGAACCUACCGUAGGCAAGCACGGCUCGCUUCGGAAUGUUCUGGUUCGGUUACUUCUCUUCGGCGUUUUCGUUGUUAUUUUUCGGUUUGCUUACGUCAUCACUAUCGCCGGUGAAAACUGUAACGUAGGAGAUUUCUGUUUCUUUUCAUCGCCGGCGAAAAUUAACGCCGCCGUCGCUGGAUCUGGUUCCGGCGCUCUCUCCGUCCGAUCCUCUGCCGAAUUAUCCACGCCGGAGCAUCAUGCAAGCAAAGAAUGGAUCACCGGCGUUCGGUUCUACUCAUCGCUUUUCCAGAAUAUGAUCGCCACGGGCGAUCUUUCGCGGAAGGCGAAGUCGCUAUGCGUCGAUACACCGACCGGAAGGGAUGUGUUGGCGUUGAAGGAGAUUGGCGUUGAAGAUGCUGUUGGAAUCUCGAAGAAGGCGGUGAAGUCGUUGGUGAAAUCCGGCGAAGGUCACCGGAUUCCGUUUGGUAAUAACACGUUUGAUUUUGUGUUCUCCGGUGAGGGAGGUCUGGAGAGAACUACAAAGGCGUCGGAGUUCGCGUCCGAGAUCGCGAGGACUCUGAAACCCAAAGGGUUUGCAGUGUUCCAUGUAAAUGCUAAAGACUCGUAUAGUUACAAUUCAUUUGUUGAUUUGUUUAGAUUUUGUUGUGAAGUGGUGAAAUUCCAUGACAUUCAUGGUUUUGAUUCGUCGAUGCCGGUGAUAAGAGAAAUCUUCAUGAAGAAAAUUGAUUAUAGAAAAAGUGAUUCUGGAAUUGAUUUGAAUAGGAAUCAGAAAUGUUCUGUUGCAGGUUAUAAAAGAGAGUUGGUUAAGAAUGCUGAGGAUUUGAUUGUAGAAGAACCAUUGAAGCCAUGGAUAACCCUAAAGAAGAAUGUGAAGAACAUAAAGUAUGCACCUUCAAUGGUUGAUAUAAGCUUUAAGAAUAGGUAUGUGUAUGUUGAUGUUGGAGCUAGAAGCUAUGGUUCAAGCAUUGGAAGCUGGUUUAAGAAACAGUAUCCGAAACAGAAUAAAACCUUUCAUGUUUACGCGAUAGAAGCCGAUAAAACUUUUCAUCAAGAGUAUGCGACGAAAAAAGGGAUAACUCUGUUGCCUUAUGCUGCAUGGGUUAGGAACGAAAGUUUGGUUUUUGAGAUCAACAAUGACCCGGGUGAUAAAAAGAAAGAGAAAGCAGGGAGAGGAAUGGGGAGGAUCCAACCAUUGGUAUCACAAGGUGGCGCAGGUGGCGGUGUUCAGACGACACAAGGGUUUGAUUUUGCUGAAUGGUUGAAGAAUUCGGUUACAAUGAACGAUUUUGUUGUGAUGAAAAUGGAUGUGGAAGGUACGGAAUUUGAUUUGAUUCCUAGAUUGUUUGAAACCGGAGCUAUUUGUUUGAUUGAUGAAAUAUUUCUAGAGUGUCAUUACAAUAGAUGGCAGAGAUGUUGUCCGGGACAAAGAAGUCCGAAGUAUGAGAAAACAUAUGAUCAGUGUUUGCAGCUUUUCAAUUCUCUUAGACAAAGUGGUGUUCUUGUUCAUCAAUGGUUUUAGUGAUAGAGUUAUCUCAUAGGUGAAAUGCUGAAAAUUCUUUACAUUUUUAUGUAGCAUUCUUGUUUUACAUUUACAAUCUAAUAGACAAAUUUGCUCUUUUUUAUAA